AUGAAUGGCCCAGGAGUUGCAAGGAAAGAGUGCAGGGGAAGUUAUAUCAGUUUCCUUUCUGUAUUUACAGGGAACACAGUUUCACAAACCAGAGAAAACUCAUUGCUGGUAAAAGGGGUGCUGGGGGAGUCAGUAACUCUUCCCCUGGAGCUUCCUGCAGAAGAGGAGAUCCAAGCUAUCACUUGGCUUCAUGAUGGAACAUCUAUCAUUUUCAUACCGGCAAAUAAAGCACAAAUCCAGGUGACUGAUCCAAAAUGGAAAGAUCGACUGAAAGUCACCCAGUUCUACUCCUUGCAGAUCAGCAACCUGACAAUAGCAGACAGCGGACCUUACCGUGCCCAGAUAACUACAAGCAACUCCAAAAAUAUUUCCAAUUACAAUCUGGAGAUCUUCAGACGACUGACGAACAUACGAGUUGCUAACCACACUCAAGUCUUUGAGAAUGGGACCUGUGAGAGCCACUUGGCCUGCUCUGUGGAGAAUCCAAAUGACCAUGUCUCAUUUAGGUGGCAGGUCACAGGAAACCCACCUCUAGAGGGAGCAAACCUCACUAUCUCUAUUUCCAGUGAAGAGACCUACACUUGCAUAGCUAAGAAUCCCGUCAGCAAUUUAUCUUCCUCUUUAUCUUCCCAAAGUCUCUGCAAAGGUGCUUUUAACGAAAAAAAUCAAUACUUGAAUUUCUUAUGGAUUAUAAUAGUGAUUCCUUUUACCUGUAUCGCUGUGUUCUUACAUUUUAGGAGGAAGAAAGGAACAGGUUCCUUACAUUUUUUUUCUACUCAGCAAACUCCGAGUCCUGCAGAUACCCAGAGGAACUCAGAGUAUGAUCCACUCUCUGUGUAUGCUCAGGUCACUCAUCCCAAUACGAAAAUGGAUAUCCCAAAACCUAUGAAAAACAAUGAUCUCACCACAAUUUACUCCAAAGUUUAUCAAUCCAAACAACCCAUCUCUUCCAGGGCAACUGUCCUGAACAACAUCAUCUAA